GGAUAUGGCAGCUACUGUGUCUCAGGGGAGUGCAGGGGACUAUAAGCAUCCCCUCAUGCAGAGUCCCCCACCUCUGCGCCGUGCCUCACUACCCUUCUUUGCUGCAUACAACCCCCCUACACACACGCUGUCUAUACUGCUGGACACACCAGAGCACUGUGAGCCUCAGUCCUUCAGCAUGCACACUGAAAGUGGGUUUAACUAUGAUUCUGUGGACUCUUCAACUAAAUAUGAGGCUGUUGCUGGAAACACUCAGUCAUACCAGCUCAUGACAUACCCCCAACAGUCCAGCACAUUAUUGCCUCAACAACCUGGCACUCUCCUUCCCCAACAAAAUAACGUACACCCACAGCAGCCGAACGCACUAUUGCCACAAUACUCACGAAUAUCAUACCUCACCCCAUCUCCGUAUCUGACCCCUAACUCAAGUGAGGGCACUGCCACUUCCUGUAUGCCCCUGAACCCAGGAACCAGUAGCAGCCUGCUACCCUGCACCAACGGAGGACAUGCCUACUUCCACUGCCAAAACGGUAGCCAGGUACUACUUCAGCCUGGGCUACAGGCACUGCAGACAUACCCAUGGACUGGUGACAUGUACGGUCAUUCAGUUCAGGUUCCUCAUGCAGUCCUAAAGCCCCAGUUCUCAUCCCAUGGUCGUGAGAGCCACUAUUCAUCUCUGGUCCAGCCCCAGUCUUACAUCACACCUCAGGGGGCAUCAUGCCCUAGCCUGGCUAAACCUGCCACCCCUGACCCCUUGCUCGCCAGUGUCAAAACAGAGCUGGAGGAAACCGGACACAGUCAGCCAGUCAGAGUUAGCGAGGCAGAGACCAUUUUCCAUUGUGACUUCUCACCCAUUCACUUUUGACAGGUGUGUGCAAAUGUGUGUCUGUAAGCUAAAGAUUGCUGAGUACUUUAAAGGAUCUAUAUGGUGCUAAAUUGUUUGUCGUCCCCCCCCUUAACACUGCAUUGAAUAAAACGGAAAAUGCCAUGAGUGAUGCUUUUGCAUACCAUGUAAUAAAGGGUAAUGGGUCAUUCGCUGCAAUAAGUCUACAUCUAAGUAAGACACAACUUUGUGCAUUGUAGAGUACUAUACUGUAAUGUACCAGGCUGCAAAUAAAUCCCUAAAUGUUCCCCAAAGAAAAUUCUGCAUUAUACUGUUUAUAUUUGGGUGCACAGUACAUUUCUCUAGAUUUGCAUAUUGGGACAAAAAAUCUGGAGGAGCAGGAGGUUUUUUACUCAUGCCAGUGGUAGUUUGAGGUUAGAUGUUUGAGGUUAUGAUGCUCACAUAGAAAGGCUAUGUUAAAUGGGAGUGUCUUCGAUGCA